UCCUGUAAGCGUCUGUGAGGACUGAAGAGCGUUCAGCUGCAUCAGCAGUCAGUGGAUGUUUCUGUCAGAUAGCGGGAGCAGGAAGCACUGUGUGCUGGAAAACCAGCUGUCAAUCAAUGUCUAGAAUUGGACCGCGUCCAGGAAGUGGGUGGGGCUUCCCUUGUGGCAGGGCAGUAAACCCGACGCCCAUGUAUCCCCCCACAUACCUGGAGCCGGGCAUCGGGAGACACACACCUUACGGGAAUCAGACAGACUACAGGAUAUUUGAACUCAACAAACGGCUUCAGAACUGGACAGAGGAGUGUGAUAAUCUGUGGUGGGACGCUUUCACUACUGAAUUCUUUGAGGAUGACGCUAUGCUCACCAUCACGUUUUGUCUGGAGGACGGUCCUAAACGAUACACAAUCGGCCGGACGCUGAUUCCUCGUUACUUCAGGAGUGUGUUUGAAGGCGGCGCCACUGAGCUCUACUACAUUCUCAAACACCCUAAAGAGUCCUUCCACAGCAACUUUGUGUCUCUGGACUGUGAUCAGUGUACGAUGGUCACGCAGAACGGAAAACCCAUGUUCACACAGGUGUGUGUGGAGGGCCGUCUGUACCUGGAGUUCAUGUUCGAUGACAUGAUGAGAAUAAAGACGUGGCAUUUCAGCAUCCGGCAGCACAGGGAGCUCAUUCCCCGCAGCAUCCUGGCCAUGCAUGCUCAGGACCCGCAGAUGUUGGAUCAGCUGUCCAAAAACAUCACCAGAUGUGGCCUGUCAAACUCCACCCUCAACUACCUCCGAUUGUGUGUGAUCCUGGAGCCCAUGCAGGAGCUGAUGUCCAGACACAAGACGUACAGUCUGAGUCCCAGAGACUGUCUUAAGACGUGUCUGUUCCAGAAGUGGCAGAGGAUGGUGGCUCCUCCAGCUGAGCCGGCCAGACAGGCGCCGAGUAAGAGACGGAAGCGCAAGAUGUCGGGCGGCAGCAACAUGAGCGCCGGCGGCGGCUCCAACAACAACAGCAACAGCAAGAAGAAGAGCCCAGCAAACAGUUUCCCGCUGUCCAGUCAGGUCCCAGACGUGAUGGUGGUGGGCGAGCCCACGCUGAUGGGAGGAGAGUUCGGGGACGAGGACGAGCGUCUGAUCACGCGGCUGGAGAACACACAGUUCGACGCGGCUAACGGCAUCGACGACGAGGACAGCUUUAACAACUCGCCCGCGCUGGGAGCCAACAGCCCCUGGAACAACAAGCCUCCAUCCAGCCAGGAGGGCAAGAACGACAACCCCACCUCACAGGCGUCUCAGUGAGACUCGGGCUGGGGGCGGAGCUGCGGUCGACUCAUUCGUCUACCUGCAGUAGCUGGUCUUCCUGUCAGCAGAGGAAGUGAACCUGGAGGACCAGAGAUGAGCGUCACUCCACAACAGAAACCGUUUCUCGACACAGGACAGUUUUUAUUGACACGCUCGUGGUUUUGUUGGUGAUUUAUGAGGAGCCUGUAGAUAGUUCAUAUGUUUAAGUUAAGACGAAGCGGAGAAAUCUGACCACGUAAAACGCCAACAAGACCAAGACAUAUCCAGCUCCUGUUUCACUCACAAGAAAUGACAUUUUGCAUGAGGAAAAUAUAAAAAAACAAUCAUUUUCAGUUUUAAUACUGUUUUUGUAUGGAAGCUCGUUUGCGCCACUGAAUACAAAUAUAAAACUUUUUAUCUCACUUUUCUCAGAAUUAGUGAUAUAAACUCACAAUU